UAGAAGUAGAAGUAAGGGUACGAGUUUUCCUAUUAUGUUCCUGGGCAAGCCGACCGACUGCUAACUUCAUUAAGAAGGGAGCCCCAUCCAGUAAGUAGUGAAACUCGUGGUCCCACGAGUGCAAUACUAUAAUAUCAACGAAUGAACCGGAGAAGGCUAUACAUACACACAUAUAUGCAGUGUAGCAGCAUGAACCAUUAAAUGCCAUACACAGUGUAGACAUUACUCCAUUCACUUGUUUGUUACAUCCGUCAUCACAGUUUUUUAUACCGUGUAAUCAGUUAUCGGUUUUAGGUUCGUAUGACUUUCCUGAUUCUCCUGUUUGACAUGAAGAAACCCGACCUACGUAUAUGAAUGUGUGUCUAAUAAUGGAGAGACGUCUCACACACACACACACACUCGUGCAUUAAUGGUGAAGCUUGGGAUAGUUCACGUAGAGAGAGGCAGCAGUUUAAUGGCCAUCAUUCGCACUUCAUCUUCUUCAUGAGAUGAAAGUGAAACCGAGAGAAAAGCUUUACUGCUGUCACUUGUGAUCCCCUCCUCUUGUAUUGCCUGUGAUCUGCUUCAAUUAUUCACCCUUUUCCCCUGACCUCUCACAUCUAUUUCGCCUACCCUUUAUAUAUUAACCAUCUCGGUCUUCAUCAUUGAUCGCUUCUCUCGUCGAGCACUUUCCUCUUCUUCAGUGGUCUCCUUGACAUUGUUUCUGUCUCAAAACCACACUCGAGGAGAGGACAAAGAACCAAGCUGAAGAUCAAAGGAAGGGGAAAUCAGGGGGGACUAAUUUCUGAACGAGAAGCAAAGCAAGCAAGAGUACUACGUAGUAUUAGGCCAUGAAGGUUUCCUGCGCUUUUGUUGGUUUACUUGUUAUUAUCAUCCUCAUCCUAUUUGGUCCUCUCGUGUCCUCCCGGCACCUUCCUCGCCGACCAGGCUCUGAUCAUGGGCAUCACCGAUCAUCACACUCGAAGACCAGUAAGGUUCAUAAAAUCGAGGGAAGGCCGAGUUUCAAUAGAGAAGUCAGAAGGUCUGGCACCCCUGCGCUGGGUCAUGGAAAGCUGGACACGGUCCAGGUAGCAGGGUCAAGGUUACCAGACUGUUCUCACGCGUGUGGUUCGUGCUCGCCAUGCAGGCUUGUCAUGGUCAGCUUCGUGUGCUCGUCACUUCAAGAGGCCGAGACCUGCCCUAUGGCUUACAAGUGCAUGUGCCACAGUAGGUCGUACCCCGUUCCAUAAUUAUCUGUGGCUCGCCUUUUUUUUCCCUAAAGGCCCGUGUAAAUCUUACUUUCCGGUGUUCGGACCCCAAAAAAAGCUUUUGUUCUUGUUAUUAAUAUAAAGGUAGGCUUUUAUCCCCCAUCGUACAUUUAGCUAGCUAGCUAGUCUAUAAUCUAUAUUAUUGGAAUUUAACUAUCCGUUAAUCGAGGAAUUAUUGCUUCGUG